GUUCGGCGGUGCUGUCUGUCUGGCUCCUAGAGCUCUGGUGCGGAAGCUGCGCGAACUGUGGGGGCUCAGUAGCAGGAAGGCAAGAUGACUUCCCUGCUCCAAGAUCGGAACAGCUGAAGAAACCACAAGACAAAAUGAGAACCACAAAGGUCUACAAACUUGUCAUCCACAAGAAGGGCUUUGGGGGCAGUGAUGAUGAGCUGGUCGUGAACCCUAAAGUCUUUCCUCACAUCAAACUUGGAGACAUUGUGGAGAUCGCUCACCCCAAUGAUGAAUACAGUCCUUUGCUUUUGCAAGUCAAGUCUCUUAAGGAAGAUUUACAGAAAGAAACUAUCAGUGUGGACCAGACUGUGACACAAGUAUUCCGGCUAAGACCUUAUCAAGAUGUCUAUGUAAACGUUGUAGACCCCAAGGCAAGAUGUGACUCUUGACCUAGUGGAAUUGACUUUUAAGGAUCAGUAUAUAGGCCGGGGGGAUAUGUGGCGACUAAAGAAAAGUUUGGUGAGCACCUGUGCCUAUAUCACCCAGAAAGUGGAAUUUGCUGGCAUCAGGGCACAGGCUGGUGAGCUGUGGGUCAAGAAUGAGAAGGUCAUGUGUGGUUACAUUAGUGAAGAGACCAGGGUGGUGUUCCGUUCUACGUCGGCUAUGGUUUACAUAUUUAUUCAGAUGAGCUGUGAAAUGUGGGAUUUUGAUAUUUAUGGGGAUCUGUACUUUGAGAAAGCUGUGAAUGGUUUCCUUGCCGACCUGUUUACUAAGUGGAAGGAGAAGAACUGUAGCCAUGAAGUGACUGUGGUUCUGUUUUCUAGAACUUUUUAUGAUGCAAAAUCUAUUGAUGAAUUUCCUGAAGUAAACCGAGCUUCAAUUCAACAGGAUCAUAAAGGGAGAUUCUACGAGGACUUUUACAAAGUGGUGGUGCAGAACGAGAGAAGGGAAGAGUGGACGUCACUCCUUGUGACCAUUAAGAAACUCUUCAUCCAGUAUCCAGUGUUGGUUCGACUGGAACAGGCAGGGGGCUUUCCUCAAGGAGACAAUUCUACCUCAGCACAAGGAAACUACCUAGAGGCCAUCAACUUGUCAUUCAAUGUGUUUGACAAGCACUACAUCAACCGAAACUUUGACCGAACUGGGCAGAUGUCCGUGGUGAUCACGCCGGGGGUGGGUGUCUUUGAAGUGGACCGCCUCCUCAUGAUCUUGACCAAGCAGCGGAUGAUCGAUAAUGGAAUUGGUGUGGACUUAGUGUGCAUGGGAGAGCAGCCAUUACACGCUGUGCCAUUAUUCAAGCUGCACAACCGGAGUGUGCCACGGGAUUCUCGGCUGGGCGAUGACUAUAAUAUUCCUCACUGGAUAAACCACAGUUUCUACACAUCCAAAAGCCAGCUGUUUUGUAACAGUUUCACUCCAAGGAUAAAACUGGCAGGAAAGAAGUCUGCCACUGAGAAAACCAAAAAUGGCCGUGAUACAUCUCUUGGGGCUCCAAAGGAAUCUGAAAACACCCUUCCCAUCCAAGUAGAUUAUGAUGCCUACGAUGCCCAAGUAUUCCGGCUGCCUGGUCCAUCCCGGGCCCAGCGACUCGCCACCUGCAGGUCUGUGAGAGAGCAGGAAAAUCACAAUCGCAAAAGUGCCAGCUCCUGUGACGUCUCCUCCAGCCCUUCCUUGCCAAGCCGUGCACUGCCCACUGAGGAAGUGAGGAGCCAGGCUUCAGACGACAGCUCCCUGGGCAAGAGCACCAACAUCCUGAUGAUCCCUAACCCCCAUCUGCACCAGUAUGAAGUCAGCAGCUCACUGGGCUACACCAGCACCCGAGAUGUCCUGGAGAACAUGAUAGAACCACCACAGCGGGACUCUAGUGCACCUGGAAGGUUCCACGUGGGCAGUGCAGAGUCCAUGCUACAUGUUCGACCUGGAGGCUACACCCCUCAGAGAGCACUGAUUAACCCCUUCGCCCCCUCAAGAAUGCCCAUGAAGCUCACCUCCAACAGAAGGCGCUGGAUGCAUACUUUUCCUGUAGGACCAUCUGGAGAGGCCAUCCAGAUCCAUCAUCAAACCCGGCAAAACAUGGCAGAGCUGCAGGGCAGCAGGCAGCGGGACCCCACCCACUCCUCUGCAGAACUGUUGGAGCUGGCAUAUCAUGAAGCCGCAGGAAGGCACAGCACUUCCCGACAGCCUGGUGACAGCAUGUCCUUGAACUUCAGUGGAACGGAAGAGCUUUCUGUCAGCCUGCUUAGCAACAGCGGCACAGGUAUGAAUCCUAGGAACCAGAAUAAGGACUCUCUAGAGGAUGGUGUUUCUACCUCUCCAGACCCAAUGCCAGGCUUCUGUUGCACAGUUGGAGUGGAUUGGAAGUCUCUUACUACUCCUGCAUGCCUUCCCCUCACCACUGACUACUUCCCGGACCGUCAGGGCCUGCAGAAUGACUACACAGAGGGCUGCUAUGAUCUCCUCCCAGAAGCAGACAUGGACAGGAGGGACGAGGAGGGCGUUCAAAUGACAGCCCAGCAAGUGUUUGAAGAGUUCAUCUGCCAGCGUCUCAUGCAGGGUUACCAAAUCAUAGUACAGCCAAAGACCCAGAAGCCCAGCACUACAGUCCCACCCCCGCUGAGCAGUAGCCCACUCUAUAGCAGAGGCCUUGUGUCCCGAAACCGCCCUGAAGAGGAGGGCCAGUAUUGGCUGAGUAUGGGCAGAACCUUCCAUAAGGUGACACUUAAGGACAAGAUGAUCACAGUGACUCGUUACCUUCCCAAGUACCCUUAUGAAUCUGCCCAGAUCCAUUACACCUACAGCCUCUGCCCUUCCCACUCUGACUCAGAGUUUGUCUCCUGUUGGGUGGAAUUCUGCCAUGAACGGCUAGAGGAAUACAAGUGGAAUUACUUAGAUCAGUACAUUUGUUCUGCCGGCUCCGAAGAUUUCAGCUUAAUCGAGUCUCUGAAGUUCUGGAGAACCCGAUUUCUACUACUGCCAGCCUGUGUCACUGCCACCAAGCGCAUCACAGAAGGGGAAGUGCACUGUGACAUCUACGGGGACAAACCCCGUGCAGAUGAAGAUGAGUGGCAGCUUCUAGAUGGCUUUAUUCGCUUUGUAGAGGGCUUGAACCGCAUCCGCAGGCGCCACCGGUCAGACCGCAUGAUUCGGAAAGGGACUGCCAUGAAAGGCUUGCAGAUGACCGGGCCCAUCUCCGCACACUCUCUCGAGUCAACGGGCCCCCCAGUCGGGAAGAAAGGAACCUCAGCUCUGUCUGCCCUGCUGGAGAUGGAGGCUAGUCAGAAGAGCCUAGGAGAACAGCAGACAAGUGUGCAUGGGAAAAGCUCUACUCAGCCAGCUGAGAACAGCAGUGUUGCCAUGACUCCCACCUAUGUGGACAGCCCACGCAAGGCAUCUGUGGACCAAACAGCUCCUCUGGUGUUGGACAGCACCAGUUUAGGGGUCAGCACGUGCCAGUCCGUGGAUAGAGGCAAUAACCAGACCUUUGGGAACUCCCAGAACAUAGAACAGGCCUUUCCCUCUACAGGCUCUGGAGACGGCAGCUCUCAGCAGCACAUAGCCAGCUCUCUGACAUCGUCCUCUACCCUGGUGGAGAUCCUGGAAGCCAUGAAGCAUCCCUCGACAGGAGUCCAGCUGCUGUCUGAGCAGAAGGGCCUUUCGCCGUGCUGCUUCAUCAGUGCGGAGGUCGUACACUGGCUGAUGAACAAUGUGGAGGGGGUCCAGACGCAGGCGAUGGGCAUCGACAUCAUGCAGAAAAUGCUGGAAGAGCAGCUCAUAGCGCAUGCAUCUGGAGAAGCAUGGCGAACCUUCGUCUACGGCUUCUAUUUCUACAAGAUAGUCACGGACAGAGAGCCCGAACGAGUGGCUAUGCAGCAGCCCUCUGCCCCAUGGCACACAGCAGGAGUGGAUGACUUUGCCAGCUUCCAACGCAAGUGGUUUGAGGUGGCCUUUGUGGCAGAAGAGCUUGUGCACUCCGAGAUUCCUGCCUUCCUCCUGCCCUGGCUACCUAGCCGGCCAGCCUCUUACGCAAGCAGGCACAGCUCCUUUAGCCGAAGUUUUGGAGGACGGAGCCAGGCAGCUGCACUGUUAGCUGCCACUGUCCCAGAGCAGAGGACUGUGACCCUGGAUGUCGAUGUGAACAACCGAACGGACCGGCUGGAGUGGUGCAGCUGUUACUACCACGGAAACUUCUCUCUCAACGCAGCCUUUGAAAUCAAGCUACACUGGAUGGCAGUGACUGCCACAGUGCUGUUUGAGAUGGUCCAAGGUUGGCAUCGAAAAGCUACAUCCUGCGGCUUCUUGUUAGUCCCGGUUUUGGAGGGUCCUUUUGCACUGCCCAGUUACCUGUACGGUGACCCCUUGAGGGCCCAGCUCUUCAUCCCGCUCAACCUCGGCUGCUUGCUCAAGGAGGGCAGCGAGCACCUGUUCGAUAGCUUUGAACCAGAGACAUAUUGGGAUCGAAUGCACCUUUUCCAGGAAGCCAUUGCACACAGGUUUGGAUUUGUGCAAGAUAAAUAUUCUGCCUCCGCGUUUAACUUCCCUGCUGAGAAUAAACCACAGUAUAUCCACGUCACAGGAACAGUGUUUCUUCAGCUGCCGUACUCCAAACGCAAGUUUUCUGGGCAGCAGCGGCGGCGACGGAACUCUACCAGCUCCACCAACCAAAACAUGUUCUGUGAGGAGCGGGUUGGCUACAACUGGGCCUAUAACACCAUGCUGACCAAGACAUGGCGCUCUAGUGCCACGGGGGAUGAGAAGUUUGCCGAUCGGCUGCUGAAGGACUUCACGGAUUUCUGUAUCAACCGUGACAACCGCCUGGUCACAUUCUGGACAAACUGCCUGGAGAAGAUGCACGCCAGCGCUCCCUGACGCCAGGCUGCUCCAUUAGGAGAGGCUGUGGGUAUCCUGGAGCUGGCUGUCCAGCUAGGCUCUGGGCAUCAGGUGUCAGGCUGCUCCUGUCAGCGAGUGGGGCCACUGCUGAUAUUUGGCCUCUUGCACAAGUGUGAGUGAGGAGAAAGACUGGAAGCAGCUGCUGUUGCUACCACCACCCAGAUCUCGCCAUCACGUGCCCGAGGCAGGGGGAGGCACAGAUUGUCCGUGGGAGGGAGUCAGUGUCUGGGAAUGGGGUAGGCAGCUUCCAUUAAGGUCCUUUUUCCUCACCAGCAGUGGGAUAUUUGGAACAGAAAGAACCUCCUGCUUUCUGCCCAAGAAUGUGUGUGUAUAGGAUAAUUCUGUGACAUAGUGUACCAUUGCCUCAUACCAGCUGUACAUACGUGUACAUAGCAGAAGUGAAUAAAGCCCCCCACACAGUGUCUGUUCCCAGCCUUGUUCAUAGCAGCAGUCCCAUCAUGGCUGGCAGCUGGCCAGGCAGGUCACCUGGUGGCGAGAGGGCUGCGGGACACACGGGUCUUGAGUCUGCCUAUGAGUUGACUGGUAGGUUUCUUUUUAAAAGUCCUUUUGCAGGAACAAGGAUCCUGUGGACAGUAUUACUCAGUACAACACAGUACUAGACUUGUGUUGUCAGAGAGAGGCCUCGUUGAGGGGCUGUACCAGCUCAGGGGAGCAGACAUCAUGGCAUUUCUGACAUCCAAGGAAAGCUCUUGGCUCUAGACUGCUCGGGGGAGGCAAAGGCCUAGAGGAGCGUCUGGUAGUUGUGGCUGCUGCUCCCUCACGUGCUAGAGCUUAUCACACUCCCCAUUGAUGUACCUUCUAACCAGCUUUCCCAUCCUUUACCUCUCCUGGGCCUGUGUGCAGCUGCAGGCCCAGCCCUCCUGUCUUUCUCUUACCUCUAGGAAAACCUAACUUGUCUCUGGAUCAUCCUACUGUAUUCUCCUGGGAAACUGGGUUUUUGUUGUUUAUUUGUCAACAACAAAAGCAGGAUACAGCGGCUUGUACCUGUAAUAUCAGUGUUUCGGAGGCUAAGGCAGGAGGAUUAUGGAGUUCCAGGCCAGGCUGGCCUCCACAGUGUGUGUUCUUAGCAAGGUCGAGCUCUGCAGUGAGACUGCCUUAGAAAGUCUCACUUUGGGCUGGAAAGAUGACUCCGUUAAGAGCACUUGACUGAUCUUACAGAGGACCUGAGUUCAGUGCCAGCACCCAUGAGGUCACUCACGACCAUCCAUAACUGGAGUUCCAAGGGACCCCACACCCUCUUCUGACCUCCUUUGGCAUCAGGCACACAUGUAAACAAACAUAUAUCCACAUGCAAACAAAGUACUCAUCACAUAACACAAAAAUAAAUCUUAAAAACGAACAGGCAGCUCCACUACAUUUAGACUUAGAAUUCUCCUCACUACCUAGUCCAAAACCCUUAGGUAGGGUGCUGGAUUUGCAGAUCAGAGCCAACACAAUAGGCACCAGGCCCUGGACUCAAUUCAUAGCAUCACAGAAGUAUAGCGGUGAAGCAUUGUCUAGCCUGAUGGGCUUUUUCACUGCUGCCUUGGGAGUAGCGCAUCCUUCAAACCAGACUUAACCAGCUCAAAUCUGCAUAUACCGUGCCAAGCUGUACUCACCUGGAACUUCUAAUCACAAGUAUUAAGUCCUGUGUGCAAAGGCUUUUUCUUUUAAGGUUGUGUGUGUGUGUGUGUGUGUGUGUGUGUGUGUGUGUGUGUGUGUGUGUACGCACGCGCACGUACAUCAGAUCCCCUGGAGCUAGAGUCUAGAUGUUUGUGAGCCACCAUGUAGGUGCUGGGAAGUGAGCCUGCAAGUGCUCUCAGUGGCUGAGCCACGUCCCUGGCUUGUGCAUGUGAAGCUUUUGAGAGAGUAAGCUGCUAACGUGGGAAAGUGUGAUUCAUGGGAAGCUUAGCUUUUCCCACCCCCCACCCUUUCUUCUGAAUAUUACUCCUCUCACUGUCAGUCUUCUUGUCAGUAGGAGCUGUCCAGAGUAGCUGGGUUGAGGCAGGUACAGCUGACUUGUGGCGUGUACCUGUAACCGAAGCACUUGAGAGACCCAGGGAGAGGGGAGAAGCCUGCUGUGGACUUGAGGCCACUCCAGGACACACACACAAAGGACAGCUUCAUUUGAAAGAACUGAGAAGACAGCAAAUCUCUAGUUCUCGCUCUCCCAGAUGGGCCUGUUCAGGGUGCCAUGCCAGCCUUCUCUGUGAUAGUGCUGGUCACUGUUGGCCAGGCCUGACCAGGUGAUCUGCUGUGGUCCUGUUAUCCAUCCUGCAAAACCACCAAUUGCCUCUUCACAUACAGUUUUUGUCAUAGUCCAGAGGUAACUUGGAAGACAAUGAUCUGACAGAAGAUCAACUGAUGAAUUGGAACCAGGUCACUUGCCUGUCAGCUGAUUCUGAGGCGUUCCUGACCUUGAGCUCCAGUUCCUGCAGUCUAGCAUUCCAGAUUCCAGUGCACUGCCCUCUUCCAUCAACACCUACUUAGCCAGCCAGACAACUUGGCUACCUCCCCCCAUCCCUGGUGCCCGACUUCAGAGCCUUGCCUCAGGGGAGCUACAGUCUAAAAUGUGUCCCCACUAAGGUCUCAUGCAUUAGAAGCUUAACCCUGAGCCUGGUAUGGUGACACAGGACUCUAAUCCCAGUACUAGGGAGGCAAAGACUAAUGACUAAGAGGUCUCUGUGAGCUCGAGGUUAGCCUGAUCAACAAGCUGAGUCCCAGGACAGAAGAGCACACCAACUAUGUAUAAGCCCCUGGAUCCAUCCACAGCUCUAACAUAUAUGUUUCAAAACAAACUUGGGGUUGGGGAUUUAGCUCAGUGGUAGAGCGUUUGCCUAGCAAGCGCAAGGCCCUGGGUUCGGUCCCCAGCUCCGAAAAAAAAAAAAAAAAAGGAAAAAAGAGAAGAAGAAAAAAGUUAAAAACAAGCUCAGCAUUAAAGGGAAUGAGGGGCCAGCUCAAUAAAUAGAGGUGCUUGCCUUCGGUGAUUUAAGUUCAGUUCCUCAGACCCAUAUGGUGGAAAGAAUCAACCUCAGAAAGUUCUCUGACAUCCACACACAAGUUGUGGUACCCAUGUAUCCACAUAUAUACAUACAUGCACAAAUUAAUUGAAUUUUUUAAAAUAAAAUAUAUUGAGGUCUGCGAAGGUUCACAAAAGUGGAUAGAAAAUAGGAGGGAAGCAGAAUGCAAGCCAGUUCAUAGUUCUCU